GAGCUCAGCCAAUCACGUGGCGAUAUUCUACAACCCUCUCGGGGUCGCCUCGCAACAGCGAUUUCCCUGUGUUGUGUUCUCACGAAGAACGCGGCUGUUAUAUUUUAGAGGAAACACCAGCGACAGAAUUAUCUGCAGGUCUUUUAUCUCGCCUUUUAUGAUUCACUUUUGUGUGUUUUGUGCCCGUUCGCAUCUUGUUGUAGUAGGUGUCGUGACAGGCGAACAAACUAGCUAGGGUCUGGCUUGCUAGUCAGUUAGCCAGUGUGUCAAGCCUGAACCAGCUGACUGAGCUGAACAUCACAUAAAUACGACUGUACGAGACACAUCUGAUCCGACUCAGAAGAACAGAAAUGCCGAUCAAACACGUGUCAUGUUAAUUUGAACGCUUUGUCGGUUCGGAGCCGUUUCUGUUAUUACGCGGCUAAGGUUAGCUGGUUAGCUGACUGUUGUGCACAUCUAAUAACCGCUAACGUUAUUUUGCUCUGAGCGGACUGUGUUGGAGAAAUGGGUUCAAUUCUCAGUCGAAGAAUCGCUGGUGUUGAAGACAUCGACAUCCAGGCCAAUUCUGCAUACAGAUAUCCUCCAAAAUCAGGAAACUAUUUUGCCAGCCAUUUUUUCAUGGGAGGAGAGAAGUUUGACACUCCUCAUCCUGAGGGUUACCUUUUUGGAGAAAACAUGGAUCUCAACUUUCUCGGUAACCGUCCAGUGCAGUUUCCCUAUGUUACUCCAGCACCCCAUGAGCCAGUCAAGACAUUGAGAAGUCUCGUCAAUAUCAGAAAAGACUCGUUACGAUUGGUCAGGUAUAAAGAUGAUGCUGAUAGUCCUACUGAUGAUGAAGGUGCAAAACCAAGGGCCUUAUAUGGAGUGGAGUUCACCUUUGACUCUGAUGCACGAGUGGCCAUCACUAUCUACUGUCAGGCUUUUGAGGAAUUCUCCAAUGGGAUGGCAAUAUACAACCCAAAAACCCCUGCCCUGGUCUCAGAAACCGUAUAUUACAAAAGAGGGGUUAGCCAGCAGUUUACCCUUCCAUCCUUCAAGAUCGAUUUCUCUGAAUGGAAGGAAGAUGAUCUCAACUUUGAUUUAGACAGAGGUGUUUUUCCCAUGGUGAUUCAGGCUGUGGUUGAUGAAGGAGAUGAUUGUUUGGGACAUGCCCAUGUACUGCUGGCAGCAUUUGAAAGACAUGUUGAUGGCAGUUUCUCAGUCAAACCAUUGAAACAGAAACAAAUAGUGGACCGUGUCAGCUACUUGUUACAGGAGAUUUAUGGAAUUGAGAACAAGAACAAUCAAGAGACAAAGCCAUCUGAUGAUGAGAACAGUGACAACAGCAACGAGUGUGUGGUGUGUCUUUCAGAUCUGCGGGACACUCUGAUUUUGCCCUGUAGGCACUUGUGUCUGUGUAACUCCUGCGCUGAUACUCUGCGCUACCAGGCCAACAACUGCCCGAUCUGCCGACUGCCGUUUCGAGCUCUUCUUCAGAUUCGAGCUGUAAGAAAGAAGCCUGGAGCGCUUUCUCCUGUUUCCUUCAGCCCGGUGCUGGCUCAGAGCAUGGAUCAUGAUGAGCACUCAAGCUCAGACUCUGUUCCCCCUGGGUUUGAGCCCAUCUCGCUGCUGGAGGCUUUGAAUGGUCUUGGUGCCGUGUCCCCUGGCCUUCCGUCUGCACCUCUGUAUGACGAGAUCAACUUCUCUGGGAGCCUGAGUGGAGAGAGCAGGCAGCUCAGCUCACCUGACCACUCUGGAGACAGCGGCGGACAGAAGAGCAAAGUCAGCAAGUCACCGGACAGCACUCUACGCUCUCCAUCGUCACCCAUUCAGGAGGAGGAUGAAGAAAAACUGUCAGAGAUGUCUGAUGCACAAGCUCACAUGCUGCUGUCCAGCAGUCCUGCCCCCACUGAGGGUACGGCUGGAGAUGACGCCCCUGAUUCACUGUCUCCUGAAGAUGAGGAUCGAUUAAAUUUGGAGGAAGAGGUGAUGAAUGACUGCAGCAGUGAGCACAGCAGCUUUACCAAAACUGAAAGUGACCCGCCUGGAGACCUGUCCCUCCCUGCUCUCGGUCCUGAUUCCUGCUCUAUUGGUUUGGAAGAGUAAUGGGAUUAUCUGGCUCAACGGAGAGUCUGAACACUCAGAGUACCUGCUGCUCCAGCCAGCCGCUCCUGGGUCCCUCAAUCCAUUUGCACAUGGACGAUGAUGAACUGGAUGUUUAACCCUGCCCAUCUCCUUUGUACAGCCCGAUAUGUCUCCACAUUGCAGUCUGAUGCACUCCCAUUCCAGUAGCCCACUUUGAAUAUGAUUGACUCUUGUUUCAGGCCUUUUGUUUUUGAACAUAAACUGGCUGAGGCUGAUGAGCUUGUUCUGGUGGUCUGUCAUAUUUCUUGUGCUUGGUUUUAGGGCUCUUAUUUUAUCAAGAUGCUUCACCCAAAAUCACCUUUACAUUAUUCAAACUCUGCAUUAUUAUCUUUCUUCCAUGAAUCACUAAAGAAGAUUCCAUGAAAGUGAAAUGGUAGAUGGUUGUUGCAAAUGAAAUUCCUCCUGAUUUGUGGAAACACUCUUAAAAAAACAGUGCUUUUUUAAAAUUGGCAUCUGUUGUGAAGAGCUUUACCAUAGGUUCUUUGAGGAACUUGUGUGUGUUUUUAAGAGUGUAGUUGAUGGUGAAGCAGGUCAGUUCAGUGUUUGGUUAUGUAAUGCUUAAUAUAGAGCUUUGAUCCAGUACUUGAUUAUAACAGUAAUAAACAUACAGCAGCUUGUUACGAUUAAUAGACAAAGCACAUUUCAAUAAAAACUCAUUUCAGGAUAUAUGUACGAGUAAACGUAGAACUCAACAAAUGAUCAUGUGUUAAACUAAUAAGUGAAUAAUACAGAAAUAUAAAUAGUAACUGUGCAUUUGAAAUGUUUUAAUAAGUGCUUAAAUGUCCUGAACUUAUUUGUGUGUGUGCUAACUGAAGAUGAGCCAUCAGAAAAGCACUUCUGAAUAUAUAUAUAUAUAUAUAUAUAUAUUCCUGAUUUUAAAUGUAAUAUUCAUAGUGAUGAAAUACUGUUGGAAAUGGUGGACUUGUUGUCAGCUUAUACAGUAACAGUGCUCUAAAUGUGCUUGAUUAUUUAUGCUCUAAAACUUUAAGGACUAAAAAAAGCCAUGGUGGACUCUCUUUACCUCUUUAUUUGCUUAUGAAUAUUGUAAUAUGAUUUUUAAAUACUAAAUAUGCGAAGGCAUUCCUUCCAUGUGUCGGUUCAGAUGUUACUGAAUCAUUUUAGAGUGACGAAUUUGUGAAUAUUUGACAGCUUGGUUGUAUUUCUUCACAGCUGGACCCUGUAUUUCUAAGAAGGGGUGGGGGGGGGGGGGGGCUCAAUGAACAAGACACAAGAAGCAUGGAAUCUCAUUGUUCUCCUCAAACAUGCAGAUAUGCAGUGUCGUGUAGCAUUAUGCAUAUGCAGGUUUAUGUGCCUUUAAAGAACAAAGCAAGUGUUGCUACAGCUUUUGCUCAUAGCUGUGCUGUUCUUGUGUUCAUUGGCUGUAACCUUUAGCCUUGACUACAUUUAUGCUUUAGAUGUGAGACUGAUGUUCUUGUUUGUAAUGAUCAUUUUAAACUGAUACUCUGUUGGUCGAAAGGUAUUACUCAUGCAAAUUUUGUUAUGCUAUAAUACUUAACAUGCUUUUUGUUGUAUCAUCUGUUAAUACUGAUUAAGCUGCUUUUAAUCAAUCAAUCAUUUAAUCAAAUGCAAAAAAAAAAAAAAAAAGAUUAUUGAUGUUGUUGAUUUAAUUGCUUACAGCUCUGCAUGGUAAUAUUGAUGUAAGAUGUAUCACUGCUCUGGAAUAUGCAUAUUAUUUAUUUCCUCAAAUAAUGUGCCAUUUCAAUUAAAUAUUCCACUGUG